AUGCGCCUGGAGGCCCAGCCAGCGGCGGCAAGCCCAGCAGCCGUCUCUGCGGCAGCGUGGGCUGCAGCAAGGCUCCAGCACGCAUUUCCUAUCCUUUCCGCCGAGUACACCUUGGCCCGCAUGCACCCGCAGGAUGUGUCAAACACACUGUGGGCCGCAGCUGUUCUGCGUUGCGUGCGGAUGUUUGCAUGUUCACCUUCCACUGGGAAACGCGUGCAUUGGUGCAGCCGGAGUAUCGCCACUACUCUUUGGGCUUAUGCGACGGUGCGAAUAUGCCCGCCUAGGGCCACGCAUGGCCUGCUUAGCGACACCUUCGAGGCAAACGCCACCACUGCUGGACCCCAGGACUUAGCCCAGUUCCUGUGGGCCUCGGCUACCCUUCGUUUGCCGCUUCCAGCGCUGGGCCAAGCGCAUUUCGGAGCCCUAAGUGGCCAGGCGGCUGCUACCAGCCUCUGGGCUCUCUCCACCUUGGAGCAGCCACCGCUCCUGCCGACCUUGGCCCGGCAGGCUAUGCAAUCAGCUCUUUCUCCAUUGGAGUGGGCGAACAGCCUCUGGGGCCUGGCUAAUGCUGGGAUCAAUGAGCCCAAGUUCUUCGAGCUGGCGAAGGCACGGCUAAGCCAUCCAGGAGCCCUGGAAUCCUUGGCAGCGCAGAACUCUUCAGGCGCGUUGCUGGCGAAUGUUGCGUGGGCCUUCGCCUAUGCCGCGGAGCUUUUGGGAAGGCAGGAGAACGACGACGAGUUUCUUCAGUCGAUUCGAGUCGCCAUGCGAAGGCUGGGUGCUGAUAAGGGGCAGCGCUGCGCAGUGAAGGCACGGAGCCCCAUGCUGGUAGACGCUGGUGGCGAAGCGCCACGACUGGAACACCAUUCGGGAGGUGUGGCUGUGAUCUACAAGCCUCCAGGGUGGGAGGUGGACGGCAGUGAGACGCGCCAGACUUCGAAAGCCAUGAGGCUUUCCCAUUUUGUGGCAUCCUCGCUGGCCUCCGAAACGGUGGGCAGUCAGGACCAUGGAUUCGGAGGGCGCUUGGAUGUGGCCUCAUCGGGAUUGGUCCUUCACGCAGAGACUCAUGAAGCAUUGAUGGACCUCCGCUGGCAGCAGGAUACCCUUCGUGUUGAGCGGGAGUACCUGGCUCUUGUGCAUGGGUUCAUGGAGACCGGCCUCCAAUGCUUGGACGACCGCCUGUCAGAAACUGAAGGCGGCAGCUCCGUGUCCCAGAACGGCAGGCUGAGUCGAAGCUGGGCGCUUCCGAUUGGCCACAUUGCUGCGUCCUCACCGUACACACUGCUGGCCGUGUCCAUUCUCACCGGGCGCCGGCAUCAGAUCCGUGUGCAGCUUUCGAGCCGCGGCCAUCCUGUUGUCUGUGACGGACGCUAUGGUGCAGCAUCCUUGCGCCAAGAUAUUGCAUGGUGCUCCAGGCUUUUUCUGCACCGCAGCCGCCUGCGAUGCAUGAAUCUGAAUUCUGAGGAGCUGGAUGUCCAGGCGCCACUGCCAGCGGAUCUCCUUGCCAGCCUGGAGCUUCUCGGAUUCCAGGGGCACGAGCUGCUCCGGGACGUCGACAGCUGCCUGGGAGAGUUGCGGCUUCGGGUGCGCGAGGCAGAAGUAGAGGUAGCCGAGCCGGAAGAGGAGAUCGUCUUGGAGCUGGAAGGAGGAUCCACAGGACCUUUCACCUCAGCCUCGCCAGAGGAGCAGACGCCGGCAGAAAAGCCAAGCCCAGACAUCUCGCCGUCUGCUUCGAGCCCGGAGGAUAAAGAGGUCUCGGCCUCCAGUGGUGGAGCGUCUUGGAAGCCACCGAAAGCCAGGCUGGGUCAGCUUCGCAACCUCUUCCGCCGACCGAGUGGUGCUGGUCAUGCAGGUGUCACCAAGUCUCCCCUGAACAGCAGCUGA